CUUUAUUAUCAGAACUUCUUUUGUUUUUUUCUUUCUUCUCUCUCUCUUAACCGGAUCUGGAAGCUUCAAAACUAUGUCGUCGGCGACAGCAACGACGUCGUAUUGGUGUUACAGAUGCACUCGCUUUAUCUCCGUUCUACCCUCGGAAGAAAACCCCGAUAUCUCGUGUCCUCACUGUGACGGUGGAUUCAUCGAAGAGAUCGAAACAAGCAAUUCUCAGUCUGACAACCCUCAUCGUCGGUUCAUGUACAUGCUACCUGAGAAUAACAACAACAAUAAUAGUAGUGGCAGUAGAAGAAGCCGACACGGUCUGGGUCGGAUCCCGACUCUCAGAUUUCGGCGUAACAACGGCGAUCGUUCUCCGUUUAAUCCAGUUAUAGUCCUGCGUGGAAGCACGGCAUCGCCUGAAGAAAACAGCGAAGAAGGAGGAAACAAUAGUAGUUACGAGUUUUACUACGAUGAUGGGUCCGGGUCGGGUUUGAGACCCGUACCCGCAAGUAUGUCGGAGUUUUUGAUGGGAUCUGGGUUUGAUAGGCUGUUAGAGCAGUUAGCACAGAUAGAAGUGAACGGAUUUGGGAGGGUUGGGAAUCCACCGGCGUCGAAAGCGGUAGUGGAGUCGAUGCCAAUUGUCGACGUAACCGACGCGCAUGUGGCUGCCGAGGCGCACUGCGCAGUUUGUAAAGAGGCGUUUGAGCUUGGUAGCGAAGCGCGUGAGAUGCCGUGUAAGCAUAUUUAUCAUUCUGAUUGUAUAUUGCCUUGGUUAGCUUUGAGAAAUUCUUGCCCUGUUUGUCGGUUUGAGAUGCCUACAGAUGUCGAAAGCUCUGAUAAUAGUAGUAACAGCAAUAAUAACAUUAAUAGUACGGAGGAGUCGGAGGAGAUUGUGGGCUUGACUAUAUGGAGAUUACCGGGAGGCGGGUUUGCUGUGGGGAGGUUUACUGGUGGAAGAAGAGGAGGAGGAGAAAGGGAGUUUCCGGGAGUGUUUACAGAGAUGGAUGGUGGGUUUAGUGGUGGAAAUGCUCCUCCCAGGAGGGUGUCUUGGGUUAGUAGAAGUAGCAGAGGAAGAGAGAGUAGCGGUAGUGGUGGUGGUGGUAGUGGGUUUGGGUUAAGAAGGGUUUUUCGUGGGUUGGUUUCGUUGGUAAGGAGAAUUGGGUCCAAUUCUUCUUCUACUUCGAGGACUAGUCCUGAUUCUGAAAUGGGUUCUAUUAGUAGAAGCAAUUCAAGUCAUUCAAGUUCUGGUUUUGGUAGAUAUGUAAGCAGAAGAAGGAGAGGUUUGGAUUUGGAAGUUGAGAAUGGGACGGAUAGAUGGUGAUUAUUAUUUGUAUCAGAAGCUAUUUCCUUUUUUCUUUUUUUGUUUUUUUAUCAUUGUAUAUAGAAUUAAACAGCCAAGAUUUUUAUAUUGAUUGUAUUCAAUUUUACUUCUUUUCCCCAUUAAGGUUUGCAAAAAUACUGAAUCUUUUCUAAUUUUGAUUUAUUGAGGGGCACUAGUAGAAGAAUAUUGGUUUUCCCCUUCAGUAUUGUAUGGCAAAUGAACAAAAAAAAUUUGUUGCGCUCUGAAGAUAUGGAAAAGAUUAUGUAUUUGGAGAUUGACAAUGUUGUUCGAAUUAGGAAAAGAAAAAUGUGCAAGUGUAGUAGAGAGAAGAAAGCAUUGCCCAAGAGUUGCUAUUCUUAUUUGUAAGCUUUAAUUAUUUCCCUUUCUUGUCAUUCAUUAAUGAGAUCUAUUCUUUGAUUACUUUGUUAAA